AUGAAAAAAUGUAACAUAAAAAAAUUUCAUCUCAUCUCAUCGAAGGACUUCUGGCACUUUUAUGUGGUGUUGUCUUAUUGUAUCUCUAUAGUAUUUAGUACGACAGCAACGAUGGCAACCACCGCAAUGAACGUUAGCGUUCCCCCACCAGAUGAAGAAGAACAAAUCCUGGCCAAGUUUGUGUUUGGCGAUACUACGGAUUUACAAGAGAAUCUAGCUAAGUUCAAUGCCGAUUUCAUUUUCAACGAACAAGAAAUGGAUAUUGAAGACCAGGGAGAUGAAGGUGCCGACUCGGACGAUGGUAGCGAUGAUGGGGCGCAGAACGGUAACUUGGGCCAAGUUAAUGACGAUCAGCUGUUUUUUGUAGAUGACGGCAAAGACGCUCAAAGUAAGGAUAAAGACGCCAUGGAUAUCGACGAUGAGGACGACUCUUCAAGCGAUGGCUACUCCGACGACGAUGACGAAGCCGCCUGGGUAGACUCAGAUGAUGAAAGAAUUAAAGUACCCAUCCUCAUCACUAAUAAGACGAAGAAAUUAAGAACCUCUUACAAUGAAUCUAUAAUUAAUGGUGUUCACUAUAUCAACAGGUUGAGAUCCCAAUUUGAGAAAAUAUAUCCAAGGCCCAAAUGGGUGGAUGACGAAUCUGAUUCGGAGCUAGACGAAGAAGAAGAGGACGAUGAAGAAGGUUCUAAUAACGUCAUUAACGGAGAUAUCAAUGCACUAACAAAGAUCCUAUCCACCACUUAUCAUUAUAAAGAUACAUUGUCAAAUUCUAAAUUAUUGCCUUCCAAGAAGCUAGAUAUUUUACGUCUGAAAGAUGCAAAUGCUUCGCACCCAUCCCACUCUGCUAUACAGUCUCUUUCAUUCCAUCCUUCCAAGCCUUUGCUGUUGACUGGUGGGUAUGACAAGACUUUAAGGAUUUAUCACAUUGACGGAAAGACAAACCAUCUAGUGACAAGUUUACAUCUCGUUGGCUCCCCAAUACAAACAUGUACUUUCUAUACCACUUUUUCAAAUCAAAAUGAACAAAAAAUAUUUACUGCUGGUAGAAGAAGGUAUAUGCAUUCCUGGGAUUUAUCCCUAGAAAAUUUAACUCAUUCACAAACCGCUAAAAUUGAGAAAUUUUCUAGACUAUAUGGGCAUGAAUCCACUCAAAAAUCUUUUGAAAACUUCAAGAUGGCGCAUUUGCAAAACGCACAGACUAAAUCUACCCACGGCAUCAUCCUCUUACAAGGUAACAACGGUUGGGUGAAUAUUUUGCAUGCUACCUCAGGGUUAUGGUUAAUGGGCUGUAAGAUAGAAGGUGUAAUAACCGACUUUUGUAUUGAUUAUCAGCCGAUUUCACAUAAUAAAUUUACGACCGUUUUAAUCGCAGUAAAUACCUAUGGUGAAGUGUGGGAAUUUGACCUGAAUAAUAAUGGCCAUGUCAUAACAAGAUGGAAGGACCAAGGCGGUAUGGGAAUAACGAAGAUUCAAGUAGGUGGUGGUACCACUGCUAUUUCUCCAGCUCAUCAAAUAAGUAAGAUAAAGCCAAACAGAUGGCUUGCUGUGGGUAGUGAGAGUGGGUUCGUCAACCUGUACGACAGAAACAACACUUUGAGCUCCUCCACGCCCACGCCCAUUGCUGCGUUAGACCAACUAACGACUACCAUUUCGAGUUUACAAUUCUCCCCCGACGGUCAAAUACUAUGCAUGGCAUCUCGCGCAGUCAAGGAUGCAUUGAGAUUGGUCCACUUGCCCUCGUGUACUGUGUUCAGUAAUUGGCCCACCAGUGGUACCCCCUUGGGUAAAGUCACUAGCGUCACAUUCUCACCAACUGGUGAACUGCUGGCCGUGGGUAAUGAACAAGGUAAAGUAAGGCUUUGGAAAUUGAACCACUACUGA